AUGGCGGAUUCGACGACGCUUGUGAUCGACACUUGUGAUGGCGAAAGCGAUGAUGAAAAUGAGGAGCCUGAGCCUUUUUUUCACAAUCCUAGAACCGGCUGUCGCGAUCUAGUACUCACCAUUAUGGUACCAUGGGGGAUGUCGAUGCAAAACUUCAGAGCUAUACAAUUCAACCAAGACGCAGACGAGGCCACUAUAGAGUACGAAACAGACAAUGAAUGGGCCAGUAUAACUUCCCAUCGACCUGCAAAUUGUGUUAACGAAGCCUGGAGCGAAAUAUUUCACGCUCGUGUUUAUGUGGAUAAUGAGAUUGCGCGGAGUUCUAUGGCCUUGGAUGCCCCGAUUUGGUGCUCCAUGAAGGUUGAUCUCCCUUCUGCUGUGUAUACACGCCCGGAACACUAUAUGACUCAGGAAAUGAAGAAGACUGGAGUUGUAUAUUCCGUUUCCUGGACUCUGAGGUAA